AAUAGUCAACGUCUCACUCUACGGCAGUGGUCUUCUCCGCACCUAACCAAACCCCUACCCGAGACAUCAAUCAUCUUAUACGACGCAGUUUUUUAUUUUUAAUUCAUCUGUUCCUCUUGUGACUUGUCUACGAUCCAGACCAAAAUUCUCGUACUACUUUUUGUGCAGGGUAGUCUGACGAGCAGACUCAUAUGGCUUCUUUCAAGGCAUUUUUGAACAGUCCAGUUGGCCCUAAAACAACUCAUUUUUGGGGUCCUAUAGCCAACUGGGGGUUUGUUAUCUCUGGCCUGGUGGACAUGCAGAAGCCAGCUGAAAAUAUAUCAGGCAACAUGACAGGAGCACUGUGCAUAUACUCUGGAUUAUUUAUGAGAUUUGCUUGGAUGGUUCAGCCUCGCAACUAUCUACUUCUUGCAUGCCAUGCCUCAAAUGAGACUGUUCAAUUGUACCAGUUCUCCCGUUGGGCAAAGAGUCAGGGGUACUUGCAAGGGAAGGACGACAAGGCUGUAUCUCAGUGAUCUUGGCCGCUUUCUUCUCCUGUGCAUCAUGUAUUCCGGAGCUUUCCACUCAGAAAAUAGCGUGAAUUGUUUUCAAUUAAAAGCAGCAGGAAUGAAUCUGAUCUGGUCAUGAGUAAAUCAGUGCAUUGUUACAUUAUUGUUUGAAUUGUAUUAUUUGAUUUCGUUUAUGAAAGCAGCAAAGAGUUUUAAAGAAAUACUGUUGAACAUCUAAAAAUAAUUUCACCACUUAUGGUGUACAAGGCCAUCCCCGUUGCGGACUUUUAACCCUAA